AUGGUCAAAGUCAAGGAAGUUCCAGAUGAAUCGCCCUAUGGCAGCUCAGCCUCGGAGGCGUCUGGCUCGUCAGAAUCGCUCGCGUCUGUGAUUUCCGACAUUGACGUGGAGAAAGAGACCAUCCUAGACAGAAUAGUCGCACUCGUCGACAUCGUUCCUCCACAGACGAGACACAACAUCUCGACCACGGUGUCGAGCGUCGCGUCAAAAGUACAUACGACAGGCAGAGUCUUUGGAAACAUUCUCUGGGUAAUUGCAACAUCCGUCGUACUCGUUGGUGUACCGCUAGCACUCGCUCUUGAUGACGAGGCAAAGGCUACCCAGGCCGAGCGAGAGAUGGGAUCACAGCCAGGUCAAAUAGGGAUGAUGGGCCCCGCCGGGAUGCUUCCCAGUAAAGACGAGCAGCGAAAAGACACAGUCACACCAGCCGGUUUCUAA